AUGACCACCGUACAGCAUGGCUCAAAGCUCACCCUGGCUGAAUACCGCGCCCUGGAACCGAUUGACGAAGGCGUGUGGGAACUGUCCAAUGGAGAGUUAUUUGAGAUGGCGCCGCCUACCUACGACCAUCAAAUCUUGAUCGACUACCUUGUUCGGAUGAUCAAUAAUUUCCUUGACACCACGAAUCCCUUAUUGGGCACCAUAGUGUCCGGGAUUGGGGUCAUCCUGUCGGAAACCCGUGCGCCCACGCCGGACGCAGUAUAUUUGAGGGCGGAAAGAGCGCACCUGAUCCAGGGAAGUUUUGUCGAAGGUGCGCCGGACCUUGUGAUCGAAGCACUUUCCAGCGACCGAGCGCGCGACCUCGUGCUGAAACGAGGCUGGUACGAUGAAGCUGGCAUACCGGAAUACUGGACCGUGGAUCCGGUUAACAACUCGAUCAAUGUGCUAGAGCGUACGCAAACGGGAUAUGUUCAGCGUGCGGCUCUAAGUCGUGGAGAUAUUUUGACUACGCCCGCGAUUCCGGGAUUCGAACUGCCACUGAAUAUGCUGUUCGAUAAUGCUGCUCGUUAUCUCCCCGGUCGCCAGCGCUAA